AUGCCGGUGGACUUAGAGCAAGAGGCAGGGGGCUGUGGCUGUGGCAGUUCACCAGAUGAAAGCAGCAAGUUAGAGAAAGCUCCUGACAAGGCUUCUGACGAAGGCAGUCGAGAGUCCACAACCACAACAAAGGCAUCAUCACCAUCAUCACAAACACAUGAUGCUACUGUAUCAACAAAGGGUGAUGAAUUGGAGGAUGAAAACUUGGAAAACAAGUACCCCGUGCAAAUGUUGUGGCGCAAGCUGGAGAAUUGGCUAGGCGCCCCCAUGGAGAACCACCUGAAGCGGCUUCUCCAAAUCACAGGAUUCGCCAACCUAGAAGCUCUAAAGGAUUUUGAUGACGAUGACAUAAUCUUUAUAGAAGAUUUCGUACGGAGUGGCAGAAUUUUAGACCGAAUCCCAAAUAAUACCCUGCCUUUGUUCUUGGGCCCCAUAAGUGACAAAGCCAAAUUCAGCUUCAUGCCAGGGGAGAAGAAAUUCCUGAGAAGAUUAGUAAGUCUGGUUAAACAAAAUCAUAAAACUUCAGAAAAGCCUAUAUCGAUACCAAUGGCAGCACUUUCUACACCGCCUAAACCGCUCUUUAGCAUUUUCAACAAAAGCUGUAAAAAGAAUGCAACAGGAACUGAUAAGGAAAGCUCUCUGUCUUCACCCCCUCACUCACCUCUUGUGCCAUCCAAUGAUCUGGCUGCUGAAGCUCGACUAAUAAGGCAGGGGUGUAAAACAUUUUGUAUGAAGAAAGACGAGCUCAAAAACUUCUAUGAAAGCUUGGAUCAAUUAGAUAUUGUAGUCAAAGUGGUGGAGUCAACGAGGGGAGCGAGCCUCUCUGCAAAAAUUUCCUGCAGUCAAUGUUCAGCCGUUUCUUCUGUGCUAAAGAUUGACUCAAACUGGUGUUUGUCAAACUUUACAAGACACGUGAAAGCAAAGCACUCAAAAUCAGAGUCAUCAAUUAAAGAUUUCUUGUCAGGAAAGAAAUCAGAUAAGGAGACCAAUCCUUCAGAUGCUGACAAAGUAAUUGAUGUUGAAAGUGAAGGUGAGACUACUGAAACCACUGAAACAGUUACGAGUAAAAAAAGGCAGAGCUGUGGUGAGAAUGAAAGUGAGAGUCCGAAGAGGAGCAAGAAAAUAGCUACUUCUUCGGAUGAAGAAGGUGAUUCCCAUUUUUAA